ACAUUUUGUAGUGUGUCAGAUGUUAAGCAUGUUUUGAUUUGUUCCAGUAGCCGGAUCGAGCUGGGAGAUGUGACGCCACACAACAUUAAGCAGCUGAAGAGGCUAAACCAGGUCAUUUUUCCUGUCAGCUACAAUGACAAGUUCUACAAGGAUGUACUGGAGGUUGGCGAACUAGCCAAAUUAGCCUAUUUCAAUGAUAUCGCAGUGGGAGCGGUGUGCUGUAGGGUGGAUCACUCCCAGAACCAGAAGAGACUGUACAUCAUGACGCUCGGAUGCCUGGCACCCUACCGAAGGCUAGGAAUAGGAACUAAAAUGUUGAAUCAUGUCUUAAACAUCUGUGAAAAAGAUGGCACUUUUGACAACAUCUAUCUGCAUGUCCAAAUCAGCAACGAGUCGGCAAUUGACUUCUACAGAAAGUUUGGCUUCGAGAUCAUUGAGACAAAGAAAAACUACUACAAGAGGAUAGAGCCCGCAGAUGCUCAUGUGCUGCAGAAAAACCUCAAAGCCCCUUGUCUUGGCCAGAACGCAGAUGUGCAAAAGACCGACAACUGAACAAACCCCCAACGAACACUUUCUUGCACUUGCUUGUCGCCAAAUAAGGAAAGAGAGGCCUCUUGACUAUUUUUUUUUUUUUAACUCCACCCCUUCAUCUUCUUAAUUUUUUUUUUCUUGACCUCUCUCCAACAAAAUGUAAUGCUUCUUCCAAGGAUCGUCCAAUUAUGUUUCGGGUUUAGAUUUUUUUUGGGGAGGUGGGAAAAGAUGUGCAGAUCUCUUUUAAUUUUGAGGUGUGGAGGGCUUGAGCAGGUUAUCCUGAUGACAAGUUUCCUUCAGAAUUAUCUCUUUCAGUAAGCAGAAUGUAAAUCCAAUGGGGGGAAAAAAGGAAAAGCAAUAUCUUGUCCUUUGACUCCUAGAUUAUUGUGUUUUUUAUAGCCUACAGGGUACUUUACUCCCCCCAACUUUUGAAUGUUACUUCAAUACUUCCUACUCUUCCUCUUAAUUCCCCCCGCCUCAGAAAAAUAUGUUUAGUUCUUCCCAAUAUUUUUUAGUAUGGCUUUUUCCUCCAUCUUUCGCUGCGAAGAGCGGGCUACUUUACCAUACCUUUACACUCUGCC